CUAGUAAUACUGGAAAGAAUGUAUUUUAAAUACCAAAGCUCCUGUCUUUAAUGUCAUAGUACUGUACAAUAAUGAAGACAGCCACAGCUGCCAAACCAAGGCGCUUUCAUCUUUCUUCUGAAACUAAAGGUGGAUGGGAGGACAGUGACGCAGUACCAGUUCAUCUGGGAUUUCCAGUACCCGAAUCUGAAACCUUCUCCAUUCACACGUGCUUUUGCAGUCUCUCCCAAAUGUCUGUAUAGGUGUAGAAGUACUUGAAGUUCCACACAGGACCAGGGCUGGGCCUGGCCUUGUUCCAGCCGGCGCUCUCCGCCCGGGACCCGGCCCGCGCGGUACCAGUCACGGCCGGGCACUUAGUGCUUCCCGCCGCCCGCGGAAAGGCCCCGUGCCCACGCGCGGCGCUACGGCAGGGUUCCCUCCGCAGCCAACCGCGGGCCGCCCCCCCGCCGCCCCUUUCCGCGCUGCCGGGGGGGCGGCGGUGGGCGAGGGCUGAUGCUGACGGUGCCCCAGCCCGCGCGUCCCUGCGGCGGGAGAGCAGCCGCCCUCACGUUAUUUGUGAAUGAACUUAGCUGAAUAUGGAUCCAGGUGGUGGAAGUCUGGGAUUGCAAACACAAGAAUCCAAAAUGCCUCACACUAUGAUUAUGCAGGAUUUCGUGGCUGGAAUGGCUGGCACUGCUCAUAUUGAUGGAGACCAUAUUGUUGUAUCAGUCCCCGAAGCUGUCCUAGUUUCUGAUGUUGUUACCGAUGAUGGAAUAACUCUUGAUCAUGGCUUAGCAGCUGAAGUUGUCCAAGGACCUGACAUCAUCACUGAGACUGAUGUUGUAACAGAAGGUGUAAUUGUUCCCGAUUCAGUUCUGGAAGCUGAUGUUGCUAUUGAAGAAGCUUUAGAUACCAGUGAUCAUGUUUUGACUUCUGAUCUAAUAACAGAAACCGUUAGAGUUCCUGAUCAGGUUUUUGUGGCUGACCUUGUUACGGGUCCUGAUGGACAUUUGGAGCAUGUGGUGCAAGACCCUGUGUCAGGAGCCAACUCACCUACAAUGGUUUCAGAAGAGGUUCUUGUAACAAACUCUGAUUCUGAAGCAGUCAUUCAAGCAGCUGGUACUGUUCCUGGCUCCACAGUGACUAUAAAAACAGAAGACGAUGAUGAUGGCAAGAGUACAUCUGAAGACUACUUAAUGAUAUCUUUGGAUGAUGUUGGAGAAAAAUUGGACCAUAUAGGAAGCACUCCCUUGAAAAUCAGUACCGACGUGACAAAUGAUGAUGUUGCUAAAGAUGACGGUUUUGGUUCAGAAGUUAUCAAAGUGUACAUAUUUAAAGCUGAAGCUGAAGAUGAUGUCGAAAUAGGUGGGACAGAAAUUGUCACAGAGAGUGACUUUCACAAUGGACAUUCUGUAGCUGGAGUAAUUGAACAAGGAGGUGUUGGUAGAAUGCAGCGAGAAAAAAUGGUUUACAUGGCUGUUAAGGACUCUUCUCAGGAAGAUGAAGAUAUUAGCUGUGCUGAAAUAGCAGAUGAAGUUUAUAUGGAAGUUAUUGUAGGUGAAGAAGAAGCUACAUCACUUCCUGACACACAGCUUGAAGACUCUGGCGUGAAUAAAACUUUUGUCCCUGUUGCUUGGGCUGCUGCUUACGGAGAUGAAAGGAGGCUACCCAGAAGAUACGAAGAUGGUCAAGCGGCAGGAAAUAACUUGGAUACACGAUUAGAAAACAAAAACGGUAAUGCAACACAAUACCUGCAGAUUUGUGAUAGCAUUAGCACUAAUAGAGUGCUAAAACAAAAAACCAAGAAAAGGAGGAGAGGAGAGGCCAGGCAAUGGCAAACAGCUGUUAUAAUAGGUCCUGAUGGACAGCCCUUAACAGUUUACCCUUGUCAUAUUUGUGGGAAAAAAUUUAAAUCCAGAGGAUUCUUGAAAAGGCAUAUGAAGAAUCAUCCAGAUCAUAUGAUUAAGAAGAAAUACCAAUGUACAGACUGUGACUUUACAACUAACAAAAAAGUAAGUUUCCACAAUCAUCUGGAAAGCCAUAAACUUAUAAAUAAAGUUGAUAAAACCCAUGAGUUUACAGAAUAUACAAGAAGAUACAGAGAAGCAAGCCCGUUGAGUUCUAAUAAACUAAUACUGAGGGACAAGGAGCCUAAGCUACACAAGUGCAAAUAUUGUGACUAUGAAACUGCAGAGCAGGGACUACUCAAUAGACAUCUGCUCGCAGUUCAUAGUAAGAACUUCCCUCACGUAUGUGUGGAGUGUGGGAAAGGAUUCCGCCACCCAUCAGAGCUGAAAAAGCAUAUGAGGACCCACACUGGGGAAAAGCCAUACCAGUGUCAGCACUGUGUCUUCAGGUGUGCUGAUCAGUCUAAUCUGAAAACUCACAUCAAAACCAAACAUGGGACUGAUUUGCCAUUUAAAUGUGAGCACUGUCCCCAGGCAUUUACAGAUGAAAAAGAACUGCAGCAGCACACAGAAUUAUUUCAAGGGCAUAAGACUCAUCAGUGUCCACAUUGUGACCAUAAGAGCACCAAUUCAAGUGACCUGAAGCGACACAUUAUUUCAGUUCACACAAAGGAUUUUCCCCACAAAUGCGAGGUAUGUGAAAAAGGUUUCCAUCGUCCAUCUGAGCUCAAAAAGCAUAGUGAAACCCAUAAAGGUAAAAAGAUACAUCAGUGUAGGCACUGUGACUUUAAAACAUCAGAUCCUUUUGUACUUAGUGGGCAUAUCCUCUCAGUUCACACCAAGGACCUGCCUUUUAAAUGCAAAAGAUGUAAAAGAGGAUUUAGGCAGCAAAAUGAACUUAAGAAGCACAUGAAGACCCACAGUGGAAGAAAAGUGUAUCAAUGCCAGUAUUGUGAAUAUAGCACUACGGAUGCAUCGGGCUUUAAACGGCACGUAAUAUCAAUACACACAAAAGACUAUCCACAUAGGUGUGAGUAUUGCAAAAAGGGAUUCCGUAGACCAUCUGAAAAAAAUCAGCAUAUAAUGAGGCACCACAAAGAGGCCAUAAUGUAAUAUAUGAUCUCAAGAAGGAAGCAAUUUAGAAACUGUGAUAUGCUAAUUGGGGAAAAAAAAAAUCUCAUGAACUGUUUCUCCUGGUUUCAAAGCUUGAUAUUAAAUCAUAACUUUACAUUCUUUGUAUUAAAAGUCUUAAAAGUAUUAGGGUUGACAGGGGAUAUCAUAGCCCUAUGAUUGUUGCUUAUCAGAACCUAAAGAGCACUAUAGAAUGAAGAAGGAUGGAUGAAUGUCUUAAAUUUGCAGAAAGAUGGAUGAAUGUCUUCAAAUUAAUAGUAUUACACAUUGUUAAGCUAUAGAAGACAAAACCAAGAUGAUUGUGUUAUCCAUUUUGUCAGGAACAGCACUUGUCUCCAAUAUGAAAACAGUUCAGAUAUAUGGUGGGGUUAUCUACAAAUUGUUUGCAAAGGCAACUGAGUCUUAACUUCUUGUGCAGUUUUGAAAGGAGAGUAUUAGUCAGUCACUUGAUCAUAAUGCUUUUAAAUCGUGCCUGGAAAGUAAAUUCCAGAACUGGUCAAAUCAGGGGUGGGGGGGUGUGUCCUUUUUUUUUUUCCAACAUUUCAUUGGGAAACUUUUCUGUUUCCUUUAUUAGUUUAGGUCCAACAAGUAAUUUUUUAAUUGUUUUCAAAGCUGCUAACCUAUUUUAUUGCAGGAUAUGACGUUGAAAAUAUAGCAUUAUGUUAUGAUCUCAAAGGUGGUGUUCUGGUGCUAGGGUUAAAGAUGUGUAUGUAUAUAAUUUCCCUUUUUUAUCUGAAACUACAGUUGAAUGUUGUUCAGUAUGGCACAUAUAACAAAAUUAACUUUGAAUUUGACUUUUUUUUAAGGAUAAAAUGGAUGCAGCUCAUAGUGUUGUGACUCAACACUGAUUUCUUUUCUUGCUACUUUAAAAUCUUCUCUAAAAAGAUUAAAAACAAAGUUGAAAAAUGUAGGGGUUUUUUAAUUAAAAUUCAAAGUACUUAGAAGUUCUGUAGGGCAGUGUUCUUAACAGGUAUGACUAUUAUUGUCCUACCUCCUCAUAGGAGAUUUUCAACACAGACAUAAAAUUGCACCUUUUGAUCAAAUCUUUAAAAAAAAUCUAUACCAUACUAUAAACAUGCAUUUUCAAUCUGUAAGAAAAGUAUAUAUGCAGUAUUUAACCAGAAAAAUACGCUGCCACUAGAGUUUGGAGGUGGAUCUUCAGUUUACAGUGUAUACAUUUAAAAUAUGCAUCCCUUUAAACAAUGCUUUGUGUUAGCAUGCUGCAAAUCAAAUGGCGCUUAAUAUAACAAGCUGGUCUAGGGCUAUUUAAUGAAAAACCUGUUCAUAAAUGUUAUGCAUAUAAUGUGUAUUUUUUACUUUUUUAGUUGCUUCAUGUUUGCACACAGCUGUUCACAUGAUAAAUUGUAACUUCAUGCUAUAUUGUGGCUUUGUGUUUCAGAUAAUGUUCAUAUUUUGUUUUUGCACCAGAUGAGAAUCAGUUCCUUGAGAAUAAAUUUUUUUUAUAUUUCUAAACUUCAGAAAGUUAAAUUUGGGAAAUCUCUUAGAAAAAUACGUGUUUUAUGUGGCUGUAAAAAAUUAUGUACACGCUGUAAAAUAAGAUUGUCACUGUUAUGUGGGAUUAUUAUUUCUAAAUGUGUUACUCAUCGUAACGGGCAUACAAUAAAACGCAUCUCUUGCACUCCAAA